AUUCAUGUGAUAUGCCAAUAAGUGAUAUCGCUCUUUUUGUUGUUUAUCCCGAAAAUGACAGGCAAUUUGAAAUUGGAUAUGAAGCAGCUCAAGGAGUUUUUGGAAUUUUUCAACAGUGUUAACGAAAAAUGCUUCUUCGCAUGUAUUGUAAACAACUACUCAAGGCCCCUCGAUGACGUCGAAAAAGCAUGUACUGACAACUGCGCAGUCAAAAUGAUCACCGUCAAUCAAAGGUUGAUGAAUCUUUACAUCACUAAUAGAAGAGACAAAGACAACUCUUCGUAAAGAAUGGCAUCGAUAUAUUUUAAUUUAUUUUAGCGUUUCAAUUUAAAAUAUUUGUGUAUUUAUUACUGAAUGCAUGUCUUAUUGUUAGUGUUUAGACGAAUCUCUAUAUGGAUGAUAAUUAUCCUUGCUUGUUAUUAUAUAUAAAUCUGAUGAUGAUGAAUAAA